UUUCCGGAAGUACUACGAGCGUGACUUCACAGGACAAGGAAGCGUUAUUUAUUUUGCUCUUAUUUUUUGUCUAACUUGGCUGACAACCCCGCUUAACCGCUUGGAUACCUUCUGGUAAUUCUUUAUUAUGCCCUUUUUUGCCUCAAACCCAUUUGACCAAGAUGUGGAGAAGGCGACCAAUGAAGCCAACACGACAGAAGAAUGGACUGUUAUUAUGGACAUCUGCGACAGAAUUGGAACGACACCUAAUGGACCUAAAGAUGCGCUGAGGUCCAUCACAAAGAGAUUGAACCACAAAGUACCUCAUGUGGCCAUGCAGGCCCUCAAUUUGCUGGCCGCAUGCGUGUCCAACUGUGGCAAAAUCUUCCACUUGGAGGUCUGCUCACGGGAGUUUAUGGGUGAUGUGCGCAGCAUGCUGAGCAAACAGGCGCACCCGAAAAUGUGCGACAAGCUGAAGGAGCUGAUGUUGGAGUGGGCUGACAACUUCCAGGGGGAUCCUCAGCUCAGCCUGAUCAGCGCCACCAUCAAGACGCUGAAAGAGGACGGUGUCAGCUUCUCGUCGGCGUCCUCGCAAGGGUCCGGCGGGAAGGACGGCAGCUCUCCUGCCGGGAGCAAAGCCCCGGAUGACGACGAUGACGAUGACCUGACCAAAGCGAUCGAGCUGUCCCUGCAGGACCAGAAACACGAUGCCGGCGAUCCACCUGGUUACGGCAACAGUGAUCUGGCAAGGGAAGUGCGCAAGGUCCGAGCGCUGUACGACUUUGAAGCUGCCGAGGACAACGAGCUCACCUUCAAAGCCGGAGAGAUUAUCCUGGUCUUGGACGACAGUGAUCCAAACUGGUGGAAAGGCGAGAACCACCUUGGCGUGGGUCUGUUCCCAUCCAAUUUUGUCACCAGCAGCCUGAACACCAGCCUGAACAGUGAAUCAGAAACAGUGUCUUCAGGUGAGAAAGUGGUCAAUUCGGAGGAGUUGAUUGCCCAACCCGAAAGUGAACCUGCGUCCAUCUUCAUUGAUGAGGCGAAGAUGGACAGAUCAUUGGCACUGCUGCAGAACCUUGACCCGGCAGAUCAGACUUCAGACCCGCUUGAGCUGAUCCAGCUGGAAGACGCUUGCGAGCAGAUGAACCCCAUUAUCGACGAGAAGCUGGAUGAACUCGACCGGAAACACUCUGAGCUGUCGGAGCUCAACGUGAAGGUUCUGGAAGCUCUGGAGCUGUACACCAAACUUAUGAACGAAUCGCCCCUGUACCAGUCCUACUCCAAGAUGGCCCAGUACGGAUCGGCCGCCCCCGCAACCACCAUGCAGGGUUAUGCCAGCCAAGCCACGGCCGCAGCCACAGCGGCGCCUUACAUGCCCCAAGGGAUGCCCCCACCUCAGGCCUACAAUUUGCCCAACGACCAGCAGGGGGCGCUGCAUUCACUGCCCAACAACUGCCAAGCUGCAGUGCCAACCUACAUGAGCAGCGGCAUCGGCUCCCACCACCAAUACGUCAACCAGGCAGCCGGCGGUGCCGUUUACUCGCAAAUGCCCGUCGACAUGUCGGCCUACCAGAGCGGCGCCGGGCCGCCCGUGUCCUACCCUCCUCCUGCUGCUGCCCCGCAGCACCACCAACACCAGGUGCAAGGGGCAUACUACCAACAGCCCCUCCUCUGAACAGUAACUUAGACCCGUGUGUGUUUGUGUGUGUGAGUG